CACGCAGCGAGGUCUUGCGUAAUACGUAACUUCGUAAUAGCAUAGCCUUGAUGCUCACAUGUGAAGCUAGCUUCUUUACUUUGUUCUCGCCAGAACGACUCCUGGCAACUCCCCCGAGCCCGUUAUCUUUGGACGACUGCACGUCUUACACCGGCCGACUAGAUUAGCUCUUGUCAUGCGAGCGCCGUCUUAAUACGCACUUGGCAGAGGAUGGGAAGACGGAAGACCGGGAAGAAGGAGUGGCAUUGCAUUGCGCGGCUUCUUACGUCUUUUACGCUUCCGCUGUAAGAACCGCUACGAACACAGCAGGCGCGACCACGAUUUGAGGGCCUGCACCCGACGCCAGAAACUUUAAACUCGAGCCAGUCGAGACAGCCCAGCCCAGCCCAGCCCAGCGUAGCCCAGCGCCUUCAGGAGAGCUUCUCCCUUCGAUGUCCAAUGCCUCCUUCAAACUCGUACCACCAAGCCGAGCCUCCAGAUUCGCCCGUUGAUGAAUCCGACUCGGACCUCGAGAUAGAUCUCGAAGAGCUCGACCCUCACACAUUGCCAGGCCACGAGCAAGCUGGCAGCAGGAGUCUCUUGCCCCAGGCACAAGCCCGUGGCGCCGCCGAACAACGAGCUCCCAGGAUAGCGCUGCGCACCCUUCGCAUGGGUGGUUUACGCCGCGGGGCCAAACGCAACGGAUAUGGCGAGCUGGGUCGCAGCCGUGACGGCGGCGACGAGGAUGCCGAGGCGCUGUUGAGGGAUGGCGACGCACACGAUCCCCGCUACUCGGACGGCAGCGCAAGGGCCGGCGACGACGCGCCUCUCCUCAUCCAGCAUGGGGACGAGAGGACGAGCACAGGCAAACGUCGCCGGUCCUUCACCGGCGACAGCCUCCGCAACCUCAGCCUCAGACGGCUCCCUGCCUUCGUAUUCGGGGCGGCUGCGGACCAGGGCUACGACAACAACGAGGAGCUCGAGAGGGAAGACGACCCCUCGUCGUCCAGACAAGUGGCCGUCGGCUCGUCCCAAUCAACGCGAUUCCCGCCCAACAUCAUCUCCAAUGCCAAAUAUACGGCUUGGGGCUUUCUACCAAUAACCUUAUACAACGAGUUUUCAUUUUUCUUCAAUAUGUAUUUUCUUCUCGUAGCCCUCUCCCAGGCAAUACCGGCUCUGAGGAUCGGCUAUCUUACCACAUACAUCGCUCCGCUGGCAUUUGUGCUAGUCAUCACGCUGGGAAAGGAAGCUUUCGACGAUAUUGGGAGGCGGAGACGAGACAACGAAGCUAACUCUGAAGAAUACACUGUUGUCAAAUUUGAGGAACCCGAACGGAAUCUCGGCAGCAGCCGGCCAAUGAAGAAACUGAAGUCUGCGCACGCACGCAAGGGAUCCAAGCGCUUCAUUCCCGAGAGAGACAGGCUGUCUGACAUCCAGGAGGAGGAGGAGCAGACCGAAGGUCAAGGGGCUAGAAAAGGGCCAUCGUCUUACGUUUCCGAAAUCAGCAAAAAGUCUCGCGAUCUCAAAGUCGGCGAUGUUCUUAAACUCACCAAAGGGCAUCGUGUGCCCGCCGACGUCAUUAUUCUCAAGUGUUUUUCUCACGAGUCGUCUGUGCACAAAACCCAUGAUGAAUCGAUAGCUGAAGACGCAGCACUCCUGCUGGAUCACGCCGAUGAACCUGGCCAAGGCAGCUCUGAUACCGCUGGUGCUACUGAUGCGACUGACCAAGGUGCUGCUGAAGGCAGUGCGACAGGAGAAACAUUCAUUCGCACCGAUCAGCUUGAUGGCGAGACUGACUGGAAGCUGCGGCUUGCUUCUCCCUUGUCACAGAACUUGGCUACCGAGGAGUUGGUGCGUCUUCGCGUCACAGCCGGCAGACCCGACAGGAAGGUGAACGAGUUCGCCGGCACGUUGGAACUACUACCUUCGCGACAGGACGCUAUAAACAGCGCCGCCGACCCCCAUGAUGACGGCAGUCCCUCAAAAGCUGCACCCCUAUCAAUAGACAAUACCGCAUGGGCAAAUACGGUCAUCGCUUCACAAGCUACAACUCUCGCUGUGAUUAUCUAUACCGGACCCCAAACACGCUCGGCAUUGUCCACAUCCCCGUCUCGGUCAAAGACAGGCUUGCUAGAGUACGAGAUAAACUCGCUCACAAAAAUCCUCUGUUUUCUCACCCUGGCCAUCUCCAUCAUUCUAGUUGCGUUAGAAGGAUUCGGCAACACCCAAGACAACGUAUGGUAUGUGAAGAUCAUGAGGUUCUUGGUCUUAUUCUCCACGAUCGUUCCCAUCAGUUUGCGUGUCAACUUGGAUAUGGGGAAGAGCGUGUACUCCUGGUUCAUCCAAAGAGAUCCGGGGAUCCCGGGCGCCGUAGUCCGGACCAGCACCAUCCCCGAGGACCUGGGCCGGAUUGAAUACUUGCUCAGCGACAAGACGGGAACCUUGACCCAAAAUGAAAUGGAGAUGAAGAAGAUACACGUUGGCACCGUCUCGUAUGCCAACGACGCCAUGGACGAGGUCGCGGCGUAUGUGAAGCAGGGUUUCCACAUCGCAACGUCGGCGGACAGCUCAUCCAACCCGACGCUUGCAACACCGUCGUCGUCGUAUUCUGCUGCCGCCAGCGCUGGAGCUACCAGGACCCGUCGAGAAAUUGGAUCCCGUGUCCGCGAUGUGGUCCUUGCCCUGGCCCUCUGCCACAACGUAACGCCAACGGCUGAAGAGAUAGAUGGCCAUGUUGAAAAUUCGUAUCAAGCGAGCUCGCCAGAUGAAAUUGCCAUAGUUCGAUGGUCCGAGUCUGUUGGCUUGCGGUUGGCACACCGCGACCGCAAAGGGAUGGUUCUCGAAUCCCCCGAGACUGGUCGUCCCGUGGUAAAAGUACGCAUUCUAGACAUUUUCCCCUUCACGUCGGAGGGCAAGCGCAUGGGAAUCGUAGUUCAGUUCCUCGACAAGCUACAUCCCGGAGCUCCCAACCUUGAGAAUGGCGAGAUCUGGUUUUAUCAAAAGGGCGCAGAUACUGUGAUGGGGUCUAUCGUCUCGGCCAACGACUGGCUUGACGAGGAGACAGCCAACAUGGCCCGCGAGGGGCUUCGGACCCUUGUUGUAGGGAGGAAGCGCCUGUCGGUAAAGGAGUACCAAGAGUUCUCCGCCAAGUAUCGCGACGCAUCUCUUGCCAUCAACAGCCGAGAUGCGGGGAUGCAGGCCGUUGUGUCUCAGUAUCUCGAGCGUGACCUGGAACUUCUUGGCGUCACCGGUGUCGAAGACAAGCUGCAAAAGGAUGUCAAACCCUCGCUCGAGCUGCUUCGUAACGCCGGCAUUAAAAUAUGGAUGCUGACGGGCGACAAGGUGGAGACUGCACGGUGUGUUGCAGUGAGCUCCAAGCUGGUGGCGAGGGGUCAGUAUAUUCACGAAAUCUCCAAACUCAGACGGAAGGAUGCCGCCCAGGAGGGGUUGGACUUUCUGAGGAGCAAGACGGAUUCUUGUCUGUUGAUCGACGGCGAGAGUCUUAGCCUGUUCUUGACCCACUUCAGACGCGAAUUCAUUUCGGUGGCCGUCCUCCUGCCAACAGUGGUAGCCUGCCGGUGCUCGCCAACCCAAAAGGCAGAGGUUGCCAGGCUAAUCAAGGAGUACACCAAGAAACGCGUCUGCUGCAUCGGCGACGGCGGGAAUGAUGUCUCGAUGAUCCAGGCGGCCGAUGUUGGUGUCGGUAUAGUCGGCAAGGAAGGACGCCAGGCCAGUCUCGCGGCCGACUUCUCCAUCGAGCAAUUCCACCACUUGACCAAGCUGCUGGUAUGGCACGGCCGGAACAGCUACAAACGCAGUGCCAAGCUCGCACAGUUUGUGAUUCACCGUGGCUUGAUCAUUGCUGUGUGCCAGACAAUGUACAGCAUCGCUCUUAACUUCAGGCCAGAGGGACUAUACAAGGAUUGGCUCAUGGUUGGCUACGCGACAGUCUAUACUGCAGCCCCCGUGCUGUCUCUUGUCCUAGACAAAGACGUCGAUGAAAACCUGACGAAUCUGUACCCGGAGCUUUACAAAGAGUUGACGGAAGGCCGGUCGCUAUCGUACCGCACCUUCUUCGUCUGGGUCUUUGUCUCCAUCUACCAAGGCUGCCUGAUCCAAGGUCUGUCGCAGGUGCUAACCGAGGUCGAUGGGCCGAGGAUGGUGGCCGUCAGUUACACGGUGCUCGUGCUCAACGAGCUGCUCAUGGUGGCCAUUGAGAUCACGACGUGGCACUGGGUUAUGGUCGUGUCCAUCGUCGGCACUUUCCUAAUGUUUGUCGGGUCCAUACCGUUCCUGGGCGGCUACUUUGACCUGGAGUUUAUCCUCACCAUAGGCUUUCUUUGGCGCGUUGUGGCCAUCGGGGCCAUUUCCUUGAUUCCAACCUACGCGGGGAAGCUCAUCCAGCGAACGAUGAAGCCCCCUUCGUACCGGAAGGUCCAGGGCAUUUAAUGUCUGAAAAGAAAAGGGAAGAAGGGGCCUUCGGCUAUGCGGUCUUUCAAGACAAAAUUCAUGUAUUAAUAAAUGGGACAAGGUGGGCCGGCCUCUCUGCUGCAUCGGGAUAGCGUUGGCGAAGGGGAGAAUACUUAAUACCUAUCUUGUCUUUUUUCGUUAUUUCGAAAGCUCGUUCGGUUAGAACACCUUGGAUGUGAAUACAAUCCAAAUGGGGGGCUUCUUAUAACUAUUUAGUCUUUGUGAGCGUUUACAUCCCUUGGGCGUUGAACGUUCUACCAAAUUGGUCUUGGAUGUUACCGCUACGUCUUGUUUUGAUCGUGAAUGAAA